GCCGUUAGUUGCUGACAAAAAAGGAGAAAAUUCUCUUUUUACAUUUUAUACACGGGACUGCUAGAUACAGCUACACUCUGGAUAAUAAAACCUUACAGUACCACAAACGGACCAUAACACAUCUAUUCAAUGACCGUGGUUUAACCACGGAAGUAUUUUGGAGGCGCACACGACAAUGGCAACAACAUGUGAGGUGGGAAACGAUGCUGUUGAUGAAAUAAAUGAUCCGGGCGCUGCUCCUUAUGGCAACUUCAUAAACUAUUACACAUUUAAUCCGCCGGAGAACCGCUUGAGUCUGAUUCCAGACACACUCCUCCAGGAUUUAGGAUACGGCGGCAGCACAACACUGAUGCUGGACGUGGGGUGUAAUUCAGGGGAUUUAAGUGUAGCCCUUUACAAACAUCUGGUGCAGCAGCCUGAGUGUGAAGAAGCAGCAGACUGCAAGAGGAAAGUUCAUCUCCUGGGCUUCGACUUGGAUGAGACCCUCAUUGAGCGGGCUCAACAGACCAACCCUCUGCCCAGCAGCAUCUCCUUCAUCCCUCUGGAUAUCACUGAAGACAGCAACCAGCUGCAGGAGUACCUCAACCAGCAUGGCUGCUCCCACUUCCACCUGUGUGUGUGCCUGGCUGUCACCAUGUGGGUCCACUUAAACCACGGAGACUCAGGUCUGCUGCAGCUGCUCUCUCGCCUGGCCUCCAUCAGUCAGCACCUCCUGCUGGAGGCACAGCCGUGGAAGUGCUACCGCUCUGCAGCCCGGCGACUCAGGAAGCUGGGACGCUCAGACUUUGACCACUUCAAGACCCUGAAGAUCCGUGGGGACAUGGCUGACCAUGCCAAGGAGCACCUGGAGAGACACUGUGACAUGGAGCUCAUCCAGAGCUUUGGCAGCACAGCUUGGGACCGUAAGCUGCUGCUUUUUAAAAGGAGAUGAGACUGAAGGACGCUGUAGAGAGUAUUCAUGUACAGGAGCUGCAGGGA